CUUUAGCUAACUUUAGCUAGCUGGUUUCACGCAAACAUCCCUAGCUGUGUUAAAGUGAACGUGUACGGUCAUGCUGACAUACAACCAGCUGUGGGCAGAUGCCCAGUUAGAGUUGAGUCAUCUUCUGACUGAGGAACUGUCUGCUGAGCCCCCACGCCCAGAGAAGGACAGGGUAGUAUUUUUCCAGCGUCUGGCCGUGUUUUAUGUCCGCUACAUUCAAAUCUUCAGACAGCUAGAGAAGGUGUAUGACCAGGUGGUCCAUCCUCAGAAGAGACGAGUUAUUCGGUCGAUCCUUGAUGGUGUGAUGGGGAGGGUGUUAGAGCUGAAAAAUGAAAUGGUGGAAAAGGAGUUUUCAGAGUACCACUAUGUGGAUGAUGUCCUUCACGACUUGAAGCUGACACCUGCAGACCUUGAGAUACCUAUCCCCCGUUAUUUCAUCGGUGAGUGCAGCAAAGAACUCCAAGACCGAAAGACGAUGCUGACAAAUAUCCUGAAAAUAGUGGAGGCUACUGAAAGCCCAGAGCUUCUAAUGGCCAAGCACAUGAGUCAGGAGGAGGCCAUUAAGAUCAUUCAAGUGGCAGAGAGGGCUCGCCAAGGACGCCUGAGGGCAAAGUUGAAUGAAGAGAGCAGGAAUAUGAACAGGAUAUAUAGGAUCAAGGACCCUGGAGCAGCUAGCACUGAGUGCGCUGCUGUCUGCAUUCAGAAGGUGUGGAGGGGCUACAUACAGAGGAGAAGGACAAAUAUUGCUCGGGAUGAGGAAAUGAUUUUUCUGGGAAUGGCCAUGGAUCCAAAAUACAUGGUGCCACGCCCUGCAGAAAUCACUGCUCACGCCAAUGAAGCUUGCAUGAGGAUUAAACAAAAGGAGCACGAUGACGACUAUCAAAAGUCUGUCGAGGCUGUCACAAAACAGCUGCGAGAUGUGGAGGGUCAUGACAUGAGCAAGACCAUGAAAGCCCAAAUUCGACAGUGGUUCAUUGAAUGCCGUGAUGCUACAGGGUCAUUCCCAGACUACCCAGAUGUGGAGGAAGGAGGCUCAGCCCUCAUUUUUGCUGAAAAAGACCCUCAGCAGUUACUGGAAGAAAUUGCUGCAAAGGAAGAGGAGGAUUCCAACAACAAACCAAAAGGGAAGGAAGAGAAGAAGGAAAGGGGAAAAAAGGACAAAGGAAAGGAAGAUGAGGAAGAAGAGGAGGCAGGACUGAAGAUGCUGCCUUCGGCUUUUCUGUCAGAGUUGGAAUUGGGAAACAAAACCUUUGUAGAUUUUUGGCAAACCCGCAAUGAGUCCAAAAACUUCAACCAGAGACACGAAGUGGACCUGAUUAAGGAAGAAAAAAGGAAAGUCAUUGAGGCUGAGAUUCGAGUACAGGUAGAUGAGCAGAUGCGACAAGAGCUGGCUGAAUGGAAGCUAGCUGUGGAUAAAGACAAGGGUGGUAAAACCAAAGGAAAUGUCAAGAAAAAGAAAGCAUCUAAAAGUGGGAAGAAGAAAAAAAAGGAGAAAGACUUGACAUCUGAUAGGACUCUUGAGUCUCUGUGUCAGGAGCUGGUGGAACAGGGCUUGUUGAAACAAGCAAAUAAUGUUAGACUGCAGGAUUACUUGGGUGACUAUAGCUACCUUGGGACCACACUAAGACAAAAUGAUAUUGAGCCCAUGCCAUCAUUGUUGGACGUACGACAGGUCUUAUCUUUGUAUGCAGUUUUACCACUAGGCUCUCAGGUGGUACAUGAGAAGGCUCCUCUGAUAAAGUCCAUCCUACUGGCAGGGCCAGCAGGUGUAGGUAAGAAGAUGUUGGUCCACGCAAUCUGCCAGGAGACAGGCGCCAGCCUAUUUGAUCUGUCUCCUCUGAACACAGCAGGAAAGUACCCAGGCAAGAGUGGUCUCGCCAUGAUGCUUCAUAUGGUGUUAAAGGUUGCCAGAUUGCUGCAACCUUCAUUAAUAUGGAUUGGAGACACAGAAAAAAUCUUCUACAAGAAAGUUCCCAGGGAAGAAAAAGAGUUAGAUCCCAAACGCUUGAAGAAAGACUUGCUUAAGUCUCUCAAGCUGAUCAGAGGGGAGGACCGUGUUCUGAUAGUCGGAACAACUAAAGACCCACUAAGUGCUGAUAUCAAGUCACUGUGUAAAAUGUACAGCAAAAUCAUUCUCAUCCCAAGACCUGACUAUGGCUCAAGAUACAAGAUGUGGAAGCAACUGAUCAACAAACAGGGAGGUGAGGUGACCAAGGACCUGGACCUCAGCUCUCUUGCAAAGAUUUCUGAUGGCUACACGCCGGGCCACAUGGUCCAGGUGAUCAAGAGCGUGGUCACCAAGCGUCGCAUCUUACAACAGGCAAACAAACCACUGACUGCUGCUGAGUUUGUUCCUCCAUUAGCCAAGAUUGAUCCUGUGUUUCAGGAAGAAGAAGAGGCCCUUAAAAACUGGUAUGCGAAAACUCCCCUGGGAAAGAAGAGGAUUAAAGCUGCCACAGGAAAGGAAGAAGAAGAAGCACCAGUUAAAGGAAAAGAGGCCAAGAAUAAAGAGAAGAAAAGGAAAAAAUAAGUUUAAAAAAGAAAUAAAUUAUGUUUACAACAGUCCUUUUGUUUUGCUUUUGGGACUGUCAAGUACGUAUUUUAGGAUAAAAUAUUGUGUUAAAAGAAAAUAUAAUACAAUGUCAUGAUAAAAGAUUUUUGGACCUGUUACUGGAACUUGCUUAAAGGUGACAGAAAGCCACAGCUCUCACACUUCUAAUAGGACUUUGUACAGUCUGUAAGAGAGGGAGGGAUCAUAUCACAAUCUCAGCAUUGUAUUCAGUUUCCAUGUUUGCCUAAUAUUUACUUUAAAUCUUGAAAUAUGACUCAAUAUGCAGCCAACUAAACACCAUUUUCUGUAAGAAUAUGAUCUGAAACACAUACAGUGGCCUGGCUCCAGUGGACAGACUCCUAUUGCUAUACUUAUCAGACCCAAGGCCAUGCUGUAAUUGGACAUGCCAAGACUCUUAUUUACUUUUGUCAAGGUCAUCUAACGUUGUUCUACUGUAUGCCUGUGGCUUCCUGACUAUGGCACAGUUAUAAAUUCUACAUUUGUGAAAAUUACACACUAAGAUAACACCUUAACAAAACGAUGUUUAACAUGACUGGGCUGAUGAUCAGUUAACGACUGUAGAUUAAAUAUAUACAUUGAACAUCCCUGUAUUUCUCUGUUAUGACUGCUGUCAGGUGUAGAGAGUCUGGACCAGAAGAAAUGUGACACACAGGAGGGGGCAGUGUUUCCAAACAAGGAUCCAGAGGCUUAGGUGGACUGUUCAGCUGUUUUGUCGAGUUCUAAAUUCACUCCACACAUCCUCACAUUGCCUUGGUUGCUUUGACAUUAUUCUAUUUUUAUCUUGUGUGCACCAUCGAUAGGAUGCUGCACAUGUGAAGGCCCACAUUUCAGGGUUGUUGGCCAUCUUCACUGUGGCAAUGUAUAACUUGGCCUUGUCCUGCUUUAAUCUUCAAAGGAUUUAACAUGCCAAAUUUAAAUCAAUUAAUUACCGGCACUGUUGGAGAUGCAUAUGCAAAAGCUCUUUAAGUGUACCUAAACUGGCUAUCCUCUCCCAUUGAAAUGUCCAAGAAAGCUGUUAAAUGCAUUUGAGAUCUGUAAAAUGAGACUGCUUAGUAUCUGCAGGCCAUCAUUCCCAUCCCAGUGACGACAAGUUGUUU